AUGCUCGAAAGAACCGCGGCCGCGAGUCUGGAAUCAUGCAACAUCCAGCGCAUCCUUCCGAAGCCGACCCGCUCGACCAAGCGCAGCCGCCAGCUUCACACGGGCUUCUGGCAGCAUGGGGCGUCUGCCAUUGAGCUCUCCAGCAUCUGGCCCGCCAUAGGGCGCGUCCCCGAGGCGGAACCUGCCGAGAAUGCCACCCGCCCGCUGCAGGCUGGCUUGGUGGCCUCGGCCUUUCUGCUCGACUUUCUCUAUCCGAGUGCCACAUAUUCACUGCUGCGGAGGUUAUAUCCAGGGCUGCCGCGGCCGCAGGAUGCAGGUCAUGCCGGCGGUGCUGCUAGGCGGAGGCACUUCACCUCUUCCACUGCCGCUGCUGAGCAUGGUUCGCAAAGCUCCCGGGAUGAUGGAGCAACUGCGGCACGGGCUUCACACACUUCUGACAGUCACUCGCAUGCUGCCUCUUCAGAGUAUGACUCUCAGAGCUCAACCACCGUGCGCGUAGACCACGUGUCUAGGCUGCAGUCGAAUGCCGCACAACUACAGGAUAUGCUUUCGCAUCAAGGCGAAGAGCGCUUUCACGAUGUCUGGGACUUAUACUGCAGGCUGGACGGACACCAACAGCUCGAUUUCCGCCGCGACAUGGUCCUUUACCUCUCCAAAUCCCGCGGCAUAGUCGAGGUGGGGAGAACAAUCUCGCUGUUCCGUCAAAUUCCGACCUCCAGUUGGGAUGAUGAGCUUCUUGCUGCCGGUGUCUUGGCUUUUACGCGAUCCGGCGACUUGGAAUAUGCUAUCAAUAGGUUAAAGGCUGGCAUGGAGCUCAAGGGUCUGGUUGGCGGUCUCGAGGAUGUCAUGGCGGAAAUCAUUACCAACGAGAAGUGGCCGAUGCUCAUAGGGGUGUGGCUUGAUUUCUAUGCGUCUCGCCUCAAGUUUGAGCCUGCUGGUCGACCGGAUGCCAUUCGCCUAACGCGGCUCGAGACAUUGCCUGGCUUGGACAGGCUAUUCUUUGCUUUCGAACAGUAUCUCUCCUCCGACGGCCUCAAGGCCAUUCGCCCCAUCAAUAUCUAUGAGACCACCAGGCUGGGACUCAAGGCUCUUAGAAGAAAAAUGGCAGAGCUAGCGCUCGCCCAGCCUUGUCAGCCAAGGCAGGCGGCUGCUAUUCUGGAAAUUUUCAACGACCAUCAGUUAUACGAGCAUUACUUUCUCCGCGUUCUGGAGACCUGGCAGGGCAGAACCGAGCUGACAUCUAGCGUAGCCUGGCUGUCGGAGCUGUACAGGACAUAUCGCAAGCUUCCCGGCGCGCAUCCGCCCAUCUCGCUCCUUCAGCACAUGUUUGAGCUGCAUUAUCCAGCUGGCACGGCGGCGCUCGAAGAGAUCUACCAAGAUUGGCAUCGCGCCUGGGGAGACUUGGAUCAAUGGGGAUACGAGAAGUUUCUCAAGUUCUAUGCAGGUGUGGGCGACACCCAGGCCGUACAACGGCUAUGGCGGCGGUAUGUGGCCAAGUACCCACGCAUGCUGAGAAAGCCCAGGGCGUUUAGGAGCACGAUGAAUGCCUAUGCACAGGUUGGUGACGUUGCCAAGGCCGAAGAAGAGCUUCGAGCCAUGACGGAUCAGCACGGCGUCAAGCCGGACUUGGAUAUAUGGAACACGUUGCUCAAGUGCUACAUGAGAGCGCAAGAUUACAAUCGAGCCGUCGCUUGCUUCAACGAGAUAUGCGGCAUGUACCGUCCCGACUCCUUUACGUAUGCCCACAUCAUGGCCAUGUCUGCCAAGAAGGGCGACCUGGAAGCAACGCUUGGCUUUUUUAACCGCUCUCAAAAGGAUCGGAUUCCCGUGUCGAAAGAGAUGGCCAUGUCCCUGGUCAUGGCAUAUUGCCGCAACGAUAGGCUCUUGGAGGCGGAGAGGAUAUGCAUGGAGCUAGCAGAACGAGGCGCCACGAGCACGGCCAUCUGGAACCAGCUGAUCCUGUUCAACGGAAUGCAAGGAAAGCUUUCCAAGUGCUAUGAGCUGCUACAAGCCAUGAAGCUGUUCGAUCUCGCCUGGGACCACCAGACGCAUGAGUUCCUUCUGCAGGCCCUCGUCAGGGUAGACCAGGUACAACCUGCCUACCGGCUCUUGCAGACGGCCUACAAGGAGAAGCUGUUUCCGGUUGGGCCGGAGCAUUUCGCCGUGGUCAUGGCCGGAGCCGUACGUACUGGCGAGCUUGGGCUUGUCGAGCUUCUUGCUUCGCAUUUGCUCAAAGCCGGCCAGUCAAUGAACUUCAACGCCAAGGUAGCCCUGGCCGAGGCUUCGUAUCGAAAGACGCCAUCGUCGGAUAGGACGCGUCAACUUGGCAAAGAGUUUGUAGGCCAUCUGCGCUCCAUGUUGGUCCACGAAACCAGAGGACGAGAUGCCCGGGCCGUCUCGACGCUUCCAGGCGACAUCCGGCACCUGAAGAAGCAGACCAAGAGCAUUGGCCGUGCCAUCAAGCUUCUGGUCGAGCUGCGAGACUUUAAGACGGCGGAGGAGGUCAUGAGCCUGUACAGCAGCAUGUUCCCAAAACAUAGGAGCGGCGAGCCGUUCCCGCCAGAGGUGAUUUCCGCGCUGAUGCUGGGCUAUUUCAAGGACAGGAAGUUCCGCCAGAUUCACAAAAUGUGGAACGAGAUGUGGAACAGAGUUCUUGUCCGAGCCAAGCAUCGCAAAGCGGCGGGCAUCUACCCCGUUCACGAGUACGACAUCUCCCGACCGAUGACAAUCAUGGCGAGGACAUACAGAGAACAGAUGGACGGAAAGGGCUUGCUCAGAUGUGUCGAGCAGGUCACUUCCUCCGGCUUCAAGCUGACGAGAAAGAACUGGAACCUCUUGAUUCGGUAUCUGGCCGAGACGGGUCAGUGGGAGCCCGCGAUGCGCUGGUGCGAGACCAUGCUCAUGCCGCGCUGGCGUGGGUGGAACCCGGGCAAGAGGAGCCUCCAGGAGCGCCGCCAUCUCAGGAACACUCGCGUGCUGCAGGCGUCGAAUGCGGCGGUUCUCAGCUUGCAGCGCCAGUGGCUGAAUCUGCGCAAGCUGGCCGCCUGGUCAGCCGAUGUCUCCGCCAAGCUGAGGGAGAUUGAGAGGAAGUAUCCUCGUCUGCAUUUCGCCUUUACCAACACGGACUUUGAGAAUCUCGCUCCUGGGUGGGAUGGUCACAGAGCGAGUCUGAGGAAGAAGGCCAUGGAAUUGCUACGGCCCUUUUCGCAUUCGGAGCUCAAGCGGAUGAAGAGGUCUUUGGAGAGACAGCUUCGGUCCCAGCGGACUAGACGCCAGCAGAGACGGGGUUUGAGAAGCUCGUUGCGAGUGGUGUCGAGCGUGUCUAGGAGACGAGCUCGUGGAACGAGGGUGCUUGCAGCUCAGACGGAGAAGACGACACCUCGGACGACUGCGGGCAAGGAUGAUCGCGGAGGCGAGUGA